UUCCAUGAUUAUGCCACCUCAUCUUAGUAGGGCAAAAUCUCCCGCCCAUUUUGGCCACGCGCACUCUCUUCUCUCUGCUCUAAAAUGGCUGAUGUACCGACCCACCUAUCUAUAAACGGGGCAAAAAAAGAAAAGGCCCGACCCGGAAAAAUGUCGAGUGAGGCGAAGGAAAGGGAAGGAUUUAGCAGCAGCACAACCCCAGCUUCACUUACCAAAAUCUUGAUCCGUUCCCUGUCGCGUCUUAAUUCAAGAACCCCGUCCAACACUAUCCCUCUUUCUUCUUUGUCUCUUAAUUCCGUUUGGUUACAUGACUGGUGGCUGGUUAAGGUAGAAGGGAAUGGCUUAGCUGUUUCUGGGUUUACUUCAAGAGAAGGAGUAGGGACAAGAUUAUUUUGCUCAGCAGCAAUUGUCAAAAGACAUUAUGCCACCAUUCUUGAGGCGAAAGACGGCAUCACUGUUACACUUAGUGGAUUCAUAAAUCGAGAUCGAGCUCAUGAAAAUGGGUUUUCAUUUCAGAUUUGUGACCGUUUCCAACUGGGCUUUCCAUAUUCCUGGGAAGAAAUUGCUGCUAAAUUGCGCGGUGAAGAGUCUGCUAAUGGAGGGAGUCCUAGGGGAAAAUCUGGAUUGGUGGAGCUCAACACGUCUUCUGGCAUCAGCACAAACACUGCUUCGGUGUCGUUUGAUGAUAUCCCAGUUACAAGAAUCCGUGAUAUUCUAAUGCACCCUCUUGGAGAUCCCAAAGAUUGUGCACUUGAAGACAUACUAGGAUCAUUCUGCAGCAACAUCAUGGAACACACUCCCAUGUUAACUGAUCCAUUCUCAAAUAGCAAGAGUCCAGUCACAGUGACAAGGAAAAAGAAGAGGACCAAGGCUGACCAGAAGCACAGAGAUGGGGGUAAAAUCACACUUACAGAUGAUACAGUAAUGGGGGAGUGCAUUACCCCAAGAAGAGGAGUUGUCACAAGAAGCAUGUCUAGACUGAGGAAUCUUGCAAAAAACAACCCAGGAUAGAUUUUGUUAAACUCUUCCAUUGAGAGUACAGACGAUGCUUUUCUUUCAACAUCAGAGGCUGCUCCGAACCAGUCCGGAGGGAUGAGUGCUAGGAAAGAUAGUUGUGCUAACAUAUCUAGAUGGAUGAAUGAUGAGAAAAUCUCCCAUCAAAAUUUACUGUCUCUUGCAAAGAAUUCAGAAACAGCCGAGAAAGAUAAUUGUGCUAUCAUGUGUAGAUUGGUGAAUCCUAGAACAACGAAGGAAGAAAAUCUGUCAUCAAAGUCCACUGUCUCCUGCAAAGAAUUCCAAGAACCCCAGAAAAGGCUCUUCCAUCAAGCCGCUAUCAUCCAAGAGUGAAGACAAUGCUUUUCUUUCAACAUUAGAAGCCACUGAUGUAGAACUGCUGGCAAAGAUAGUCGAGCCGCCAUCAUCCAAGGAAGUCCCUGAUGUUUCUAUAGUCAAAUAUCCAGAAGGAUUGACAUGACCUUUAUGGAAAGCCAGAAUUCUGAAACAGAAUCUAGUACUGCUGGGAUGUUCAUGCCUAAUGGAGUUGUUCUUGCAGAAACUGAUGAUAACUCAUUUGGCAGUCAAUGUGUGAUAUUUACAGGUUUUUGGGGCUGCAAACUUUUCAAUACGGGCAUUACAAGCUAAGUUCUCAUUCAGAAUAGAACUCAACAAAUUCCAGAGUUUGUUCAUAUGUCGGAUGAUAGAAUGCCCAUGACUUUCUUAAUCCUUCCAUUCUAACACAGGAUAUACCUUAAAUUCGACCGCCAUAUGCAGGUCAUUAACACAGGUACUCACCUUGCAUUCGCCAUUGGACCUGGGGUUUGUUUAUGCUUGGAAUAGUCCUGGAGACGAAUGCAAACAGAGCUCUCCAUUUCUAGGCAAGAGUACUCAAAGGGAAAUGCGAUUUCCUUCCAACCUGGAAUUUAGUAGUAGAAUUUAUUUUUUAACAUUCACGAUGCAUCCAUAUAUGCACAGACAGUUUCUAUUUUUUUCUUGGCUUGGUGUGCAUAAAGGAAAAUCAUCCCCACGAAGAAUGACCAACACAGUCAAGAUUCAACAGCUGACAUUCAUCAUAAAAAGGAUCAUAGAAUCAUCAGGGUUGGUGGCAAUUUAAUUUCUGUGCUAAUUAAUCGUUCACUUUCUGGUGCAGCAUUACAUCACUACAAGAUUGGUUCAACUACAUGAUUUGAUUCAUUUGUAAGGACUUGGGUUCU